AUGAGCACCCCCUUCCAGUACCACAUCGAGGACGAAGGUCUCUUCGCCCUUCCCCACGUCAUGGAAGUGACGUGCGACGAGGAGACCUGCGCCCUCUGGUGUAUGGAGGUGGGCCUCAUCGACAGGUCCAAGCUCUGCCCUCUCUGCGGGGCCAACAUGAAGCCAUCAUUUGUGCGGAAGCGCUGGAAGUGCUCCCGCCGUGCGGAGCAUGCCGAGGGGAAGGAGGUAUCCCGCGGCAUGCUCACCAGCUCGUUCCUAAACGAGUCCAAGCUGAAACUGCAUCGCGCGGCGCGGCUCCUGCUGGCGUGGUGCAUGCGGCUAUCCCAAGUGCAAGCCUCCGAGAUGGCGGACGUGUGCGAGCGCACUGUGCGGGACUGGUACGCGUACUGCCGCUCCACAUGCUCGAAGGAGUUGCUAAAGGCGGAGUUCAAGGUACUGUUGAGUUGCGCUUUGUCGCUUAAUGUUGCGAUAAUGUUGCGCUAA